GGCGCUCACGUGGGCGUGCGGGUGUCUUCCCGGCCGUGACCGCGGGGCGCGCUGAGCUUGGGGCCUGGUUGGGGGGACGAUGAGCGGCGGCCGGCGGAAGGAGGAGCCGACGUCGCACCCGCACUCGCAGCAGCACCUGGUGGCCAACGGCGGGGGCGGAGUGUUGCGGGGCUCGCUCUGGAGCAAAGCAUUGCGGAGUGACGCCGCCUGGGAAGACAAGGAUGAAUUUCUAGAUGUCAUUUACUGGUUCCGGCAGAUCAUUGCUGUUAUCUUGGGAGUGAUCUGGGGCAUUGUUCCACUGAAGGGAUUUGUGGGCAUAGCAAUAUUCUGCCUCAUAAAUGCCGGAGUCUUGUACCUCUAUUUUAGUAGCUUUCAGCAAAUAGAUGAAGAGGAGUAUGGUGGAACAUGGGAACUAACAAAGGAAGGGUUCAUGACAUCUUUUGCAUUGUUUCUGGUUGUCUGGAUAAUCUUCUACACUGCCAUCCAUUAUGAUUGAAAUACUCAGCCAAAUCACUUGUCUUAAUAGAGUGAAGAACACUCUAAGGAACAGCCUUUGGACUGGGGGGAGAUAAAAAUGCCAGCUUUUAUACUCGUGGUCCAAGGAGAUGGGACAAGCCUCAUGGCUUUUGAGAGGAGAAGUUGAGUCUGUCUUGAUUAUUUAAAAAAAAAUGUUGCUUUUCCAGAACUUAAAAAAAAAGCCAUCAGUGUUUUGCAAACGUACAAGACUGUUCAACCUUUCAACCCUCUCUGUGACUUUAUCCAGUACGGCGAUGACAAAUCUCUAUAUCCUAAAAGGGUGUCCCUAUAAAUUAAUUUGUGCCCAUUACUUUGUCCUCUCUGAAUAAGAUCUAUUCAAAUUGUGACGUCUUCCAUUUGUUAAACGUAAGUUUUAAAGCAGUAGCCAUCAUGAGGCUUUUGGCAGGAGGAGAACUUUACAGAAUUGAUUAUACAGCAUAGAUUUUGAUGGUUGUCUUGGCUUUGUUUUAAGAAAAUUAAAGAUCUGAUUUAAUUGAUUGUAUUAAGUAUUAAUGUCUUUAACUGAUUCAUUGAGGAUUUCUUAAAUUUUGGUUGCUUGGCAAUGUUAUAAGCAUAAUCUUCAGAUUGUUUCCUAAAUUUUGGGAUUUUAACUCUUUACUGAGUAGUGCUGGGCAUAUUUGGCUUGAUUGUUGAACUUUUAGAAACAGUCACCAUGGUUAAAGAACACCUUAAUGGUUCAGUUAGCCAACUUCAGUUCUCAGAGCCUACCUCAGAGUUCAAUAGUCUAAAUGCACAAAAUAAUUCAAGACAUAUUUCAGAACUCAAUUACUUUGGGAUCUUUAUAAUUUUUAAAGUUCAAACACAACACAGAAUAGUUAAGGCAGCUAAUGUCUUGUACGUGAAACUAACUCUUUCAGGUUGGGUGUAAUCUGACCUGAGUGUCAGUUCUAAUCUUUGUGAUUCUUAAAUAACAGUAUCAAAGAUAAUAAUGACAUUGACUGUACACUAGUUUAGGGUACUUAUGAUUCUUAACUAUAGAUAUUAUCUAAAUCCAUUUUUAAAGUAUGCAUUACUAUCUACAUGAGUAUCUUUAGGAAGUGGACUCUUUUUGGAAUAGAUCUUUCUGUUCUAAUCUUAAUCUAAGGCUGUAAUCCUAUACAUGUUUACCUGGGCAUAAGUUCUAUUGAAAUCCAUGGGACUUAUUUCCCAGUGCAUAGGAUUGCACUGUCAAGUUGAAUGGGCGGGAAGAGUAGCUUUGCACUAAGACUGCCUUAUGGUGAGAAACUAACUUGAGUCUUAACACACAGUGGAUGAAUUCCUAAUUCUUCUUGGUCUUCUUUAAGCCCCAAUUUUUGCAUACUUGACUCCACAAGAUAGCUUUCUAUAUUCUUUUGUUCAACACUGAGCAAUUGCUCAGUUCUAACAUCAGAGAAUAAUUCUGUUGAAAUUCUGUUGUAGAUGCUGAGGGCCAUAGCAGGCACUGCUCUUACAGGUCUUUUCCAACCUGCUGAAUCUGCUCUUCUGGUGUGUGGAUUAGCCUUACAUAUUCCCCAUAUCAAUUGGAAGCAGUCAUUUUUCUCCUGUGAAACUUGAUCUCUGCUGGGUUUAAGUUGCAUUUCUUAAUCAGCAUCUGAUUUUGUUUACUUAAAGCUUCAGUCACCCAUCAAAUAAAAUAAAUCAUUUUAUACAUGAAGCUCUCUAAUAAAUAUAUCAUUAAGAAGCUGA